UCAGAGCUUUCGUCCCCAGAGCUAACGCGCUGUCCAACAAUGACCAUGGCCAUGCUGGACGACGACGGCAUGGGCAGCGCCUUGCGCCGCGCGCGCUUCCCCAACUCUGCGGAGGCCGCGCUCACCUUCCAGCACAGCUUGCUGGCCACCUCUGAGAAGCUGCGUUUGGACUCUCAGCGCUCGCGGGCCUUUGUGGCCAUCGAAGGCUCAGUGCAGAAGACCAUGGAGAAGAGGAGCCAACAACUGGCGGCGGAGAAGCAGCAGGAGUCUGAGGAUGCGAGCCCACCACCUCCGCCACCUUUGCCGCCGGGCGAGCCACCGCUGACGGAGCUGGCGCAAGAGGAGGAGCCGGACGCGGAGGCCUUGGACGAGGAAGGAGGUGAAAGCCACAGCGUCUUUCAGGGCGGAUGCAGUUUGGAGGAUGAGCGUCGGAUCGAGGAGUUCAGCCUCUACGACCAAAGAACUGGCAAGAUGCGUGACACCACCAACGAUGAGCAGGUGGCACGGCGGAAGAAGCUGGUGUCGGACUGGGCACAGAUUGUGCAAUCCGAGAAGGAGCAGAUGAAGGUGAAUCCACGCAAAGCCUUUGCGGUGCAUGCGCCCAACCUGGAGGACGCCUUCUACCUGAUAGCAGCCACCUAUGACCUGGAUGGCAAUGGCUUGCUGGAUGAGCAUGAGACUCUCGUGGUUCUCGAGCGCUGCUACUUGAUGGAUGAGACCUUGACACCCACCAAAGUGAAGAGCUUCUUCCGGACGUGGGCAGCAGGUUGCAACAAGAUCAUCGGCGAGAACAGCAGCGUCGAGGACAUCGAAGAUGGCAUCGGCUACGAAGAGUUCUCAGCCUUGCUCCAUUGGAUGGCAGACAUGAAGGGCGUCCCACUGGCAAGAUGCCGAGCUCGGGUCAUUCGCUUGUCUCACAAGAUGGUGGACGCUCACAGCUCGGUGAAGCGGCGCUUGGCGCUUCUCUUCGAUCAGUUUUGCAAAAGAGAGGCGGAAUGGAUGAGCGCGCACGAGUUCACCAACCUUUGCCACACGACCAACCUCUACAAGCAGGGCGUCUUUGCUGCCGGAGAUGCUUUCAAGAUCUUUCACCAGACGGAGGGCCUCGUGAAUCAGCGCAUGAACUUUGCCGGCUUCAUGGACGCCAUCGCCAGAGUGGGCACCAUGUUCAACAAGGAUGCCAAGGAGUCUGCCGACAUGUUCGCUGCGGCAGUGGGACGCAUGGACACAGACGAGGAGACGAUCCGGCGAAUCAAGCUGCGCAUCAAGCAGGCCGCUUCGCUCCACGGGCAGAACGGCUGGCGCGAUUUCUUCCACGAGUGUGACCAGGACCAGUCUGGGUACAUGGACGUGGAUGAGUUCUUCGACAUGUGCAGGCACAAGCUUCACAUGGAGGAUCGCAAGAGCCAUCUCCAGCUGCUCUUCGAGAAAUUGGACGAGGACGACUCUGGGGAGCUGUCCAUCGAUGAGCUCAUUGCCUUCAUCGAAAACUGAUGGACGCCAUGGCCACGAGCAUCUCAUGGGUCCCACGAUACA